CUCGUCUUCAACCUCAUCUACCUCUCGCUAAGUCCUCCUGGUUCCUUACAAACCCCAUCCCAAGCAUCUUUUCCCUCGCUGUGUUCCCAUCAUCUCCUUGGCUCCCUUCAUCUGCCCUUCUUCUCUUCAGCUCCUUGCUCCCCUCGUUGUCGUUCGUUCCUCUCCUUCUUCCCUUCGAAUUUGUGCAGCCUCUUACCCAUCCCAAGUCUGCUCCAAUGAAUAUUGUGUCUACGGGCCCAGUGGCCUACUUUCAAGGCCGCAUUGAUCACAUGCUGCACUGCUCAUUUCUAUACGAUCGUUUUGCCCGGAGGCUUCUAGCCUCCUUGGACGCCAUCGACCCCCGAAAGAAUCAUGUCGUGGUCGUGCAGACCCGGUCUCUCACGCGCAUAGAUAGUGGGGGCUGGCAUGAUUGCGGAGUGGCUGAUACUGGGUUUCAUCACUUCGACCGGCCUCUCGAGCUGGCAGGCAACGGGCCGGUGUCGGUUCGGCUGGCCUAUAUGAAAGGCCUUCUCUUCAUGGCGAUGGAGUAUCCCGACCCAGAUCGAGGAAAAAAUCCUUUCGAAGACGAGUCUAUCACCAGAGCCUAUGGGCCCUCACUGGCGAUGCUGCUGUUGCAAAGGAUGUGGGAUACAUACGAUUCUCUCAGUCUCCUGUUGUGGCUUUACCCAGCGGAUCUCCCACCUGAAUUGCCGCCGGAUGAGCUGUUGACUUCUUGGGCAAAACAGUUGGCCGCCGUCAAUGGUGCCUUGCGUGGGCUGAUAGCAACCACGGGUGCCGAAUACAUCCACCGGCGAGACAUGGAAGCGGGCGGUCAAGAUGACCACCUUGACGACAUGUACGGAGUGCAUGGUCUUCUUCACGAUACUGAUAGGCUUCUGGACGAACUACAGAGCCAACGAGAUGACAAGAAGCUCAGCACCUGGGCUUCGUACCGGGACCACCUGGACUUCAUACGCAACAAACUGGAGAGUACCAUGUAUUUCAUCAAAACUGGCAUGGAGAUAGCUGAGAACGAGACGACGGGGAUGACUGAAAUCCGCGGAGAAAAUGGAACAAGGGGAUGGCGGUUUUGACACGGAAUGGUCUUCAAGCUGGUGGUGCGCUUGACUUUCGGGUUUUCUACCUUCUUUUCACGAUUUUGAGGGGUUCAGGGCCAGAGAAACGUGGUGUGGAACAGAUACCUUCGGUUGGUGAUCGGGAGUUGGUUUGGUUUGUCCCGCUAGCUGUGUGCUGAAUGUUCGUUAGUUGUGCCACGGUCUGAUUUGGACUCGUGAAAAGUUCAUCUUUUGGAAAACA